AUGAAGGCAUUCACGGCCGCCACCACCGUGGCCCGCGCCUGCCAGCUGCCCCGCACCGCCCAGCGCGCCAGGGCGCAGCUGCAGUCCACGGCCCGCAUCAGCAGCGGCGCCGCCGCGCUGCGCAGGCAGCAGGGCAGCGCCGCCCUGUCGGCCCACCUGACCGCGGUGCGCACCGUGGCGGCUGCCGCCGGCCCCACCGUCACCAAGAAGGUCUUCUUUGACAUCUCCAUCGGCGACAAGCCCGCGGGGCGCGUGGUGAUGGGGCUGUACGGCGACGACGUGCCCAAGACCGCCGAAAACUUCCGCGCUCUGUGCACUGGCGAGGCCGGCUUUGGCUACAAGGGCUGCGGCUUCCACCGAGGCGGCGACUUCACCGCAGGCAACGGCACCGGCGGCAAGUCCAUCUACGGCCGCACCUUCCCCGACGAGUCGUUUGUGCACAAGCACACCAAGCCGGGCCUGCUGAGCAUGGCCAAUGCGGGCCCCAACACCAAUGGCAGCCAGUUCUUCAUCACCACCGUGCCCACCCCCUGGCUGGACGGCCGCCACGUCGUCUUCGGCGAGGUCAUGGAGGGCUACGAUGUGGUCGAGGCGAUCGAGGCCACCCCCACCGGUCCCAUGGACAAGCCGCGCUCAGCAGUCACGAUCAAAGACUGUGGUGAGCUCUAG